AUGUCCGUGUCAGCAGUAAUGGAUGAGCAUACUAAUGAGGCCCCAGUCCACGGGGAUUCGUCGCCAUCAGAGUCUUCAUAUGCACCGCAGCCCGAGACCGAAGCAUCCUUGGUCCUGAAGGCGACGGCUAACAGCUACCCUUUUCUGGUCCAUUCGACUGAUACUCUGGCCAACAAUCGUCCUCCCAAUGUCGACAACAAGCCUCUGGCCCGUCAAAAGCGAAGACGAACAAGUCCCGAUGACCAGAAGAUUCUCGAGGAGGCCUACGCAAAGAACUCGAAGCCUGACAAGGCCACUCGUAUGGAUAUUGUGAGCCGUGUCGCUCUGGGUGAAAAGGAAGUCCAGAUUUGGUUCCAGAACCGUCGCCAAAGUUCUCGUAGAAAGUCCAAACCACUGGAUCCUCGCGAGAUGGCCAAUUACCACUCAUCAUAUUCCUCGCCGCUCGACGCCCAACCUGCUGAUCACCGAGAAGACCCGUCCACAAGCCAGGACAAUCCGACGCAUACUGCCGACUCGACCUCGAUAUCCCAGGACAAGGUUGCUCCAUCUGCCAGCCAGAAUAUCUCGACCUCUUUCGUUGAGGUUCCCAGUUCACAACCCGAACCAGCCUCCCAGGACUCGGUUUCGAAACCCGGCUACUUGUCUAACAGACGUAACAAUGCUUCUUUCACUGCCAACGACUCGUUCGAGGCACCAUCGAAUAGUCAGGAGCCGUCGACAAAGCGUCUAAGGAAAUCCGAUUCCAAGAUUCGCCUGUCCAUGACGGCUGAUGGUGUUGCCCGCGUCAUGGAGGGUGAUGAUCUUACAUCUUCCCCUCCUCGAAAGUUCCCUCCUCCUGUAUCUGCCAGUACCGAUCUCGAUGAGCCUGCCAGUCAAUCAAACGAACUAUACCGUACUAACAGUCAGGUCAGUCUGUGUGAUACACUCGGCAGCCAAGAAGGCGGUACCAGUCUUCGUCGAAAACCGAGUGGACGAUCUCGCGACUCACGUGUGUGGUCUUUCUUUGCCGACCGUGGUGCACGUAGUGAAUUGGAAGACCGCGCAAACCAGGAGACCAGCGGUGACGCAGCUGAAGCCAUCUCUCUCUUGCGCCAGCAGGAGAAGGAUCGCGCGAACCACCCUUUGACACGCGUGCCUUCUCUGAAACGUCUGAAUCCUCAGACCAUCUCUAGCGAGGAUCGUGCUGUGAAACGUAUGCGCCAAAGCCAGUCUUUCAACUUGCCUCCUCCUUCAUCUGCUCCUUCGGCCGUAGCCGCAACUCCGUUUCGCCAACCUCUCAUGCAACGCUCAUCCUCAGCACGUAAUUUGCAAUCUACCAACAGAAGACCCGCUCACCAGGAUCCUUUACUGUUGGCCAAGACGCCUAAACUCAAGCAGACACCUACUUUCGAGAUCUCAGCAGAUUCUGACAAGGAAAAUUGGAGCCCUGGUGAUCGCCCUUCAGCUUUCAUGGACCGUCAGUUCCUGCACCAGAUGGCAACCUCACCAGCCGCCAUGCCGUCAACGAUCAAGAGACCACGUGCACUUGCUGGCUUUCACGAAACGCCCGCGCCUCGCAAUCGUGGCAAGCAUAGUAGCAGAACUCAAGUCGAGCAUCUCGAUGACGACGAAGAGGAUGAGGAUGUCAUGCAGUUCAUGAAUCAGCCCAGCAGUGGUGUCAGAAAAGACAAGACGCAUCGUCCUCUUGAGAGAGACGAACGCCAAAGUUCAGAGGAGGAAGAUCUGAACUGUGUUGAGGGUUUGCUCAAGUUGAGCCAGGGCAACUGGGGUGGUGCCAGGUGA